AUGUUCUCUAAGCAAGAUAAGUAUCUAGAUGUUGAUAUUGAUUGUGGAUAUGCUUGGGUGAUUUGUUUCGCUGCAGUGUUGAUAUAUUUUAAUUCCUGGGGGUUGAAUAGUGGGUUUGCAGUAUACUUUAAUGAAUAUGAAAAUUCUCAUAAUUAUUUCAAAGAUGCGAAGGAUGGAGACUUUAGUUGGGUUGGUGGUUUAAGUUUUGGUAUUGGAUUAAUCUUAACUCCAUUGAUUAAUUAUAUUCAAUGUAAAUGGGGCACUAGUUUCACCAUUUUUGUUGGUGCCUUACUUCAAUUUUUAGCCAGUCUAUUAGCUAGUUUUUCAAAUAAAAUUUGGCAACUUUAUUUAACUCAAGGUGUUUUACAAGGUUUUGGUCUUUCAUUUGUUUCAAUUCCUGCUUUCACCAUUAUUCCUCAAUUUUUCAUUAAGCAUAAAUUUUUUGCUUCCGGUCUUGCUUCUGGUGGUGCUGGAUUAGGAGGAGUUUUCUAUAAUCUUUCAAUGCAACUGAUAACAGAAAGUAAAGGAGUUGAAUGGGCUUUACGAUCUCAAGCAAUUAUUUCUUUUGUUCUUUUGAUGAUUGCAGUUCUUUUAAUUAGAGGUAGAACCGUUAACGAUAAACCAACUUUAAAGUUAAUUGAUAUCGAACUCAUAAAAUGUCCUGAAUUCUAUCUAUUAACUUUUUUUUCAAUCACUUGUAUGCUUGGUUAUGUGAUUGUUUUAUUCAAGUUAGCCCAUUAUGCAACUUCAAUGGGGUUCUCAAAAAGACAAGCAACAUUGGUGUCUGCAGUUGCUCAGAUUGGGAAUAUUUUUGGAAGACCUUUAGUUGGAUACCUUGGUGAUAAGUUUGGUUCUAUAACAACAAAUUGUGUAGUGUACUUGAUUGCUGGAAUAUUAGCUUUAGCCAUGUGGAUUCCAGCUCAAAACUAUGCAACUGUUAUUGUAUUUGCUAUAUUAGAAGGUCUGAUUAUGGGUUGUAUCUUUGGCUUUAUGGGUGUUAAAAAUAGACUUAUUUAUUGGAUUCCAAUUGGUGCCGCUUCUCUAUUCUCUCCCAUCAUCAGUGAUUUACUAACCGAUGUCACUAAAUCAGAUAACUAUACCUAUUGCUCUGUCUUUACCGGUUGUUGUUUUCUUGCUUGUAGUUUUGCCUUAUUCCUUUUACGAGGAUUUAAAGUUGAGGAUAUAGAAAAAGGUGUCUUUAAGGAUUCAGAAAAAGGUGAAGCUUUAAAUCAAAAACACCCAAAUCCUAUCAUCAACUAUAUCCUUCAAUGUUUUUCAGUCAAGGAAAUCAAAGUAUGA